AAAAGAUCCAACGGAAGCUAGAGGGUUGCUGCAGGGUUGCUACGACUUAAAAUGAAUGUUUGUAGCUACCUCUAAAGUUUAAAUUAACGAUAGUUAAUAUACAUCUACCUCACUUGUUACUUCUGUUUACUGUAUAUCGUUGCUGUACCACGUCGUAAUUUUGGGGGGAAAAGAAUGAUUUACCACAUUCCCUGGAUAUAUGUCCCGGUACGCACUGCCCUUGCAAUCUGGCACCAGCUGACAAAGUAUGAGAUCCCUGAACUGUCUAAGCCCUCGGUGUUAAUGAGGGACCGCAAGAGAGUGGAAGAGAUCAUUCAGUCCAUGCACAGGGCUGGGCCCAGUGCUCUCCAGGUCAUCUCUGACUUCGACAUGACCCUCACCAGGUUUGCACACAAUGGGAAACGCUGUCCCACCAGUCACAAUAUCCUUGACAACAGCAAACUCAUCAGUGAAGACUGUAAGAAAAGUCUGAAGGAGCUGCUGAACACGUACUACCCCAUUGAGAUCGACUCCAGUCGCACGGUGGAGGAGAAGCUGCCUCACAUGGUGGAAUGGUGGACCAAAGCGCACAACCUGCUGAUUCAGCAGAAGAUCAGGAAGGACCUGCUGGCUCAGGUGGUGAAGGAGUCGGACGCCAUGCUCAGGGAGGGGUACAAGGAAUUUUUCGACCAGCUGCAGGAGCACAAUGUCCCGCUUCUCAUUUUCUCUGCUGGGGUCGGCGACGUGCUGGAGGAGGUCAUACGUCAGAACGACAUCUUCCACUCCAACGUCAGGGUCUUCUCCAAUUACAUGGACUUUGAUGAAAAUGGCAUCCUGCGAGCCUUCAAGGGCCAGCUGAUCCAUACCUACAACAAGCGGGAGGGGGCACUGCUCAACGCUGGCCACUUCCAGGAGCUGCAGGACCGGCACAACGUGCUGCUGCUGGGGGACUCCAUCGGGGACCUGACCAUGGCUGACGGGGUGCAGAACGUGGAGAACGUCCUGAAGAUCGGCUACCUGAAUGACAAGGUAGAGGAGAGGAAGGAGUCCUACCUAGCCUCAUAUGACAUUGUUUUGGAGAAGGACGAGACCAUGGACGUGCCCAAUGCUCUCGUGAGCCUCAUCACUGGGGGGCAGUGAGCAGGGUGUGAGGUGUGGAAGCUAGACGGGUGUGGUUAUAGUUCUGGAUUCUAGUUUCAAUAGUCUCCUCCUUCCAAGGACGAACAGAUUGCCUGCCUGACAUUGAUGGGUAACCACAUAACACUGAAAGGAAACAGACCCCUCACACCACUGCAGUCUGAAAUUCCACGAUGUCACAUGAGUCCUGUGGCCAGUUGAGAACUGUAUGUUCUGUUAUAGAAGUCUGCUGUGCCAUCACUUGCAUGGCUACUUGUUGGGUUUUACCCCACUCACUGUACAGUCUAUACUCCCCACACUGUUUUUCUGGAGUUCUGCAAGUAACUGAAAAGACACCACCUCAACAUGAGCCGAAGGCCCUGCUCACACUUUACCGCACUGUCCGCGACUUCACUCCGACAAAUGAGACGGCAGGAAAAGUGCAAGUAUUUAUGCAAAAGGGAAUCGUGUUCUGGUCCACUCCACUUUAAAAAUAGGAAAAAGUGAUUCUGCACAAGUAACUCUAAGUCAAAAAGGCUAGGACAAACACACUAGUUCCAAAAAAUAGUUUUAAAUUUGUUACAUUGUUGCUCAACUUAAAGGUGCAGGUGAAGAAAUAGCAUUUUACAAAAGAAAAAAGGAUUAGAGAGGAAAGGUUUUAGCUAAAUGCUUUCAAAAGUGCUCUCAGUGCACUUUAAAAAGAGACUUUUAUUUAGCAUUUUUUUUUAGAAAAGGACCUUGUGUUUAAUUACCCAAUUUUUACCCAUCCUUCUAGGGUACUGUGUACCUUUUUUUAAAGGCAACAUGUUUCCCAGGGUACUGGGCAACAUAUUAAAGGGAUCUAACUUGAACAGUCCCUCUAGAUCAAAGAGCCUGAUGAGGUUCAAAUUUCAUUUCAUGCAAAUGUCAGGGAGUUUUAGAGCAUUACUGGUUGGUUCUUUUUCCAUUUCUGUAGUGAUAUUGUUCUGAAUGUGAUUAUUCUUUUCAUUUAGCUGUUAAAUAAACGGUUGUAUUGACAUGUCAUAAGUGAGGUAAAAUAAUGAUAGGCAUUGGUGUUGCGAUGAGUUUUACCAAAUUGUCCACACUAUGUUAAAGGGAGAAAGUCUCUGUGACAAAUCUUGUUUUUGUUAAUCAUGAUGUCUUGUUAUACACUUUUCCUUAGGUAAAGUACUGCAAGUAAUUUGGAGGGCAGCUAAUACAAUCUAUUUUGCAGUGUUAAUAAUAUUGAUAUAAGGUAACUUAAUUCUAAGAAAGGUAUUUGGAUCACAACUUGAUAUUUUAAAUCUUAAACGGUUCAUUGUUGUUGCUGUGCAUGUGGUUGUCAAUCAGUUUUACUACUGUCUGAAAUGGCCGUUCACUUGCCAGAAGUUUUUAGGCUGACAACAUUUAUUUCAUUGCACAAGUAAUUCUGGUUUACAUUAUAUUUUUGAAGGGUAUGUUAAAAUGUUUCCCAAGUUGAUACACUCCCGAGAAGCACCUCUUUGUUACAUUACUGUUAUCUUAUUUGUGAAUAGUCACAGUUUUGUGGGGAUGUUAAAGAUUAAUUUAAAUGCCUUUAAACGUUUAAACAUUUAAAUUUUAAUGUGGCAGUUUACAAUAGAAUACCACAUGAAAUGUCGUGAUAAUUAAUCCUGUUCACCCAGGGAAUGCUGCUACACAUUCCUAGAGAUGUUCAUUAUGUUGUCUGAUAGUUUGCAAGACGUGAUGAAGCCUUAUUCAUCAUUAUCAUAAAAACACUUUUAUUUAAAAUGGCACAAAUAUUGUGGUGGAAACGUAGAACUUGCAAUUAAAACUAAACUAUUAAAUAUGAAAAAACACUGAAGUGAAUUUAAGUAUUAUUUACUAUUUUGGUAAUGUCAGCCUCCUUUCAUUGGCGUGAUUAAUUAGACUACACAAUUCCUUCCUGGCUGCAUGGUACAUUUAGGGGGCAUUUUUGAGGUAUGGAUAUUGCUUGUUUCAUGAUGGCAAGAUGUAAAUCUAACCCAAAACCGUAAGGAUCUCUUUGCUGAUAAAAUUUUUAUGUUCAUAAUGGUUGGCACAUAGUGAUGUACUCGAAACGGCUGAUGUAACAGCCUGUAGCCAUAGUGUGCACAACCCCUUUAAAACAGGGGUUUUCAACUUCUGUGUUCCAGGGACCCCCCAACCAGGCUUAAAGGCAGCCUGUGGGACACCCAAGAUUGUACAUGAUCACAAUAAUGUGUCAUGAAUUAUUAGUGUAAUGGUGAACUAUUUACACCACCUACUUUUGAUUUAUAAUUGGAGUACAAAUGGGUCUGUAAAUGUGCAUGAUAUGGGAAACUGUCAUGUAUGCUGUUAAAACAUACAAAAAUGGUAUUCAGUUGAUAUUUUUCCUCUUUCAACAUUUAAUGGUGUCAGUGCCAUCUAGUGUUGUCACCUCAGCAGUGCUGUACUAGUGUACAUAACUGCCCAGUCCAUGCAGCCUUGAGAUGAAUUUGUUUCUCGUGAACAGAAGUACAGACCAGUAUAAUCCCUCCAUCAGGAACUCCAUCCAUUUAUCACAAGCCUAUUUCCUGUUCUAUUAAUUCCAAAUGCACAAAGUAUGAACUUUCUCAUGCAAUUUUAUUAAGACUGGGUCAAGAUGUUAGUCAUAACCCGUAAGACUUGUCAUUUGACUCCUAUUUAAAAAGAAAUAAUUUUACUCAGAAAUUAUUCAUCUUUUAGGGAACUAAUUGGUUAUUAGACAAAUCAACUACAUUUUUGGGAGUUAACAUAAAUUUUUCCUGUUCAGUCUUGUGGCUAAUGGCGAGUAAAGGUUAUGGCGAGUAAUUUUAUUUAUGUUAAAAAUAAACCCUAGAUGGAAUACAAAA